CGCCGCGUGCCGCCGUCCCGCGGCCCCGCUCCCUCCGCGCCGGACGCCGGCCGCGGUGCACGUGCAGUGUGCACCCUCCGUCGGCCGCGAGCACCCGCCUGCUCCUUACUCCGCUCGCACGCACAGUCUCACCUAUCGAUUGAGAUCCCGCACCGAACGACGGAGCACCACCGCCGAGCCCUACCGGCGACACGCAGGUACCGCGUGACCGGGUACAGACAGGUGUGUACGUUGGACGAGGCGGCUAGCAGCUGACCGUGUGUGUUGCCCGCAGGAUGAUCCCGCGACGCAAGCACAACGCGUCGUCCGGCUCGCUGGGCCCGCCGGCCGGCGACGACAAGCACGCCAGCAACGACCACAUCCUGUGCGAGGGCAGCGUGCGUGAGGGCUGGCGCGCGGCGCUGCGCCGGCGCUGCAACCGCAAGACGCUCAACAAGCGGCUGCCCAUCGCCGCCUGGCUGCCGCAGUACAACGGUGAGAAGGCGGUGGGCGACCUGAUCGCGGGCGUGACGGUGGGGCUGACGGUGAUCCCGCAGUCGCUGGCGUACUCCAACAUCGCGGGGCUGCCGCCGCAGCACGGCCUGUACGGCUCCUUCCUGGGCUGCUUCAUCUACAUCGUGCUGGGCGGAUGCCGCGCCGUGCCGGCGGGGCCCACCGCCAUCGCGUCGCUGCUCACGUGGCAGGUGGCGGGCGGCGUUGUGGAGAAGGCCGUGCUGCUCAACUUCCUCACGGGACUGGUGGAGCUGCUCAUGGGCGUGCUGGGGCUCGGUUUCCUCAUCAACUUCGUGUCGGGGCCCGUGUCCUCCGGGUUCACGUCGGCCGUGGCGCUCAUGAUCGCCACCUCGCAGGUCAAGGACCUGUUCGCCAUCCGCGUCACCGGCACCACCUUCCUGCAGCAGUGGAUCUCCAUCUUCCGCAACCUGCACGACGCCUCGCUGUGGGACCCCGUGCUCGGCUUCGUCUGCAUCGCCGUGCUGCUCGCGCUUAGGCGGAUCGGAAUGGUGAAGCUGGGCGGGGAGACGGCGAGUGCCCGCCAGCGGGCGCUGACGCGCUGCCUGUGGCUGCUGGCGACGUGCCGCAACGCCAUCGUGGUGGUGGUCACCGGCGUCAUCGGCUUCUGGUUCGCUGGCAACGUCGUCGGGGAGGUGCCCUUUCGGCUCAUGGGUCCGAUCCCGUCUGGCGUGCCGCUGCCGGCGCUGCCGCCGACGUGGUACGUUCGCGCCGACAACACCACGGCCGACUUCGUGGAGAUGGUGUCGGAGCUCGGCUCGGGCAUCAUCGUGAUCCCGCUCAUCGUGCUGCUGGAGGAUAUCGCCAUCUGCAAGGCCUUCUCCGACGGCAAGACCAUCGACGCCACGCAGGAGAUGAUCGCGCUGGGCGUGGCGGGCGUGGCCAACUCGUUCGUGCAGGCGUACCCGGGCGGCGGCUCGCUGGCGCGGUCCGUGGUGUCCAACUCGUCGGGCGUGCGCACCACCUUCAGCGGCCUCUACACCGGUAUCAUGGUGAUCCUAGCACUGCAGUUCUUCACGGCAUACUUCGAGUUCAUCCCGAAGGCGGCGCUGGCGGCCGUCAUCAUCUCCGCCAUCCUCUUCAUGGUGGAGUACGAUGUCGUCAAACCGAUGUGGCGCGCCAAGAAGCUGGACCUGGUGCCGGGCAUCGGCACGUUCGUGUUGUGCCUGACCUUGCCGCUGGAGCUGGGCAUCUUGACGGGCGUGAUCGUCAACAUCAUCUUCAUCCUGUACCACGCCGCGCGGCCCAAGUUCUCCGUGGAGAUGCUCAAGACGGAGGCAGGCGUGGAGUACCUCAUGGUGACGCCGGACCGCUGCCUCAUGUUCCCGUCGGUGGACUACGUGCGGCGGCUGGUCACCAAGUUCGCGGCCGGCAACCAGGUGCCCGUGGUGCUCGAGUGCACGCACAUUUACAGCGCCGACUACACGGCGGCCAAGAGCAUCGAGCAGCUCACGGCCGACUUCCACGCGCGCCGCCAGCCGCUCUACUUCUACAACGUAAAGCCCUCCGUGUGCUCCAUCUUUGAGGCCGUGGCCAAGCCGGAGCACUUCGUCGUGUUCUACGAGGACGACGAGCUGGACCGGCUGCUGGCGGCCGACGACCGCGUGCACACGACCAAGCCCGCGGCCGCCCCCGCCCCCGCGCCCGCCGCCGCAUCCCCCGGCCCCGCCGGCGACGGGCUGCCCGUAUAGAUACUCGCACCGUCAACAGGAGACGAGAUAUAUUUUAAGAUUGAUUUGACGGAAAUGUGUGAUAACUAACAGAGACGUUAUAAAAAUAUGAGUAGGUAGUGUAAAUAGUUUUGUAAAUAUGUUCCCUCGAGUGAGCUUUUAAUUCCGAUCGGCGUCGCGGCGUCGAUUUAAAACUUACUAUUAGUACGUCUUAGACAGAGGUAUAUUUUGUUAGAGGUUUUGGCAGCCCGAGGGCGUGCGCGACUCGUCGCCUGCGCUCAGCUAAGCUCUAUUUUUGUAAUAUUGUAAUAAAUACAUAAUAUCGCUCAAAUAUCAUGUGGGGCCUGGCCUGGCCCCCGGCGCCUGGCGGCCCCCGGCGGGCCCCG